GGGAUCCCGUUGCGCAUGCUCACAGCCCUCUUCCAGGACGUACACCUGCUAGGAGAGUCCGCCGCUCGACCCACCAUCCCACCAGAGCAUCGCGCACCCAGCCAUGACAGCACACUCCUUUGCCCUGCCAGUCAUCAUCUUCACCACGUUCUGGGGCCUCAUCGGCAUCGCUGGGCCCUGGUUCGUGCCUAAAGGACCCAACCGCGGGGUGAUCAUCACCAUGCUGGUAGCCACUGCUGUCUGCUGUUACCUCUUCUGGCUCAUCGCCAUCUUGGCCCAGCUAAACCCCCUGUUUGGGCCACAGCUGAAGAAUGAGACCAUCUGGUACGUGCGCUUCCUGUGGGAGUGACCAUGAGAAUGACCAGCCGGCUUCUGGCCCCAGGUGUGCUGCUGUGGAUGGCCCAGCCUUGAUACCCUGGAGACCCUGCAUUCCCACUGCCCCCGCCCAUCACUCCACCUUUCUGUGCUCUUCCUGACAGCGCUGUGGGAUCCACACCCCAGAACCAGCCUGGUUUCAACUUCCCAGCCAUUGGGGGGCUCCAUUUGGGAAAGCCUUGGCUCAGCUGGGCCAACCUGUGCUUAAAUCCCCACACUUGGCAGUUUGCUCUCUCUUCCAAGCAGAUCCUGGCUGAGAAUCUGGACUUGCUGGGGGUCUCUUUUCACCCUGAGAGCAGAAGCCAGGACUCAACCCAGUCCCAGAAAGGACAUAUGCCUUUGUGGAGAAGAGACUUGUGGCCCAGGAUACUCGAACCUUUGUACUUUGUGAAAUACGGGAUUGGCAUCACAGGCCUUCUCCAGCUCUGGUGUGGGUUAUUCUUUAGGUUUCAAACACUUCUAGAUGUGACAACAUGGAGGUGUUGAUAUCUUAAAGAAAUAGUCACACCAAAUCCCCAUCCUGCACUUUGGGUCAAGAUAGAAAAUAUAGUCUUUUGUAGCAGUGAAGUACUCUGCAUGGGAGGGAGGUGGUGUCUUUGGAAUGUUCUAGUCACUUUCCUCUCCCUCUGUAGAUAAGCUCACCCACUCCCCAGAACCGCUCAGUUGGGGUGCAGCCAUUCCAGGAGGCUACACUUGAUUGGGUUGUGGUGGAGCAGAGCCCAGUGCUGGUCCCAGGAGCAUUGGGAUGAUCUGGAGUUAGGAUUGGGGGACAGACAAGAAGGUAAUGUUUGUGGGCUACUAUUGGCUGUGCCUCCCUGGCUUCUGAGACCCUCUGUUCCCAAGCUCAUUGGCUCUGUGCCAGGCACAGUGGAAGACAGAGGAUACAGACCACGGGGGGGGGCACCCAGGGGACUCCUCCAGCCCAUGCCCUCACCCCUCUGAGAGGGUGACUUUGGAUUUUACAUUCUUGCCUGAGUUCCCAGAGCUAGGACAGAGCCCUGCACUGUCCCUGGUUCCCAGCCAGUGGCUGUCUGAGUUCCCAGGGGGAAGAAAAAGCAGCCUUGAUUAUUUAUUGACUAUUUAUCUGGGCUUCCUCCCCUUGUAGGAGUCAUUUUGGGAGUUGCAGUAGAAUACUCUAUAGCUCGGAUUCCUGGGCACUGGGCCUGCUGGUUGCAACUUCUCCCUUCCUACCUUAGCCCCCGAAGCCUUCCUGUGGGGUGGGGCCUGGUAAGCAUGAGGUGUGUUGAAAAGCUGAUUCCUGUCUAAUAAACAGUGGUGAUACAAGACUGUGA